CUCGCAAAGCAUUUGAAGUGUCGAAGUGGACGCGUGACGUGCUCUCUCGGUUCGGCGUAUUUUGUUAUUUUUUUCGUUUAUUUAUUUAUAUUGCAGCUGCCUUUUGUGUAUAACAUAUUUUCGGUGUAAUAACAUUCUUUCGGCGUUGUUAUAGGCAGCUAAAUUGUGGAUUACGAAUUAAAACUCGACUGAUAUGAUUGUUGUUGUUAAAUUGUGAAAAGUGUUGACUGCAAAAACCUUGUUGAUAAAUGACAGCGAAAAAAAUGCGAUGAAGAACUUUUGUUUUUUGUGAUCUGGUGUGCCAAAACUUGUUCGUGAUUUCGUUGAAUAAAUUUGCCGUUUUUUUGGAUAUAGCAGAGAAUUGCCGCGAGAUAAGGGGAUGUCACUCAAACGAAAGGAUCCAUCACAAACUGGAGGUUUACGUGUGGCCACUGAUGAUCCGCAUUUAGUUAGUCUGGGAGGUGGUCGCUUAAGCACAGCCGUUACGAUUCAUCAUAUUCCAAUUGGUGAUGUAACAAUCGGCACAUCUACAGACUGUGGUGUCAUUCUAAACGGCUCCGGAAUCCAACAUCACCACUGCACACUGUACCGUUCGGAGAACGGUGAAGUAACUCUAGUCCCAGAACGAAAUGCUCGUAUACUGAUUGAUGGCAAGAAAAUCACAGGUGACACAACUUUAACCCAGGGUGGCAUGCUAACCAUUGGAAAAUCAACGUAUCUACGAUUCAACAAUCCAGCCGAAGCGGAAUUGAUUAAAUCGUCCAUGGGCAGCAACGAUCGUAUUUCCAUGCCACAAAUCGAUUUCAAUCAAGACUCGAGCAGCUCCAAUGAAGGUACUCCGGUUGAUCCCAUGAAAAAUCUCAACGAAAUUAUCGAUUUACCAAAUUAUCAAAAACCACAUCAGAACAACGAUACGAUAUUAGACAAUCUAACGAAAAACGACUUUACCACAAAUUUCAAUAACUUUCAUUCACCGAAAGUGUUUACGGCUGAUUCAGUUACUGUGAAUGCGCCGGCUAAAGAUGUGCUGGGAGCAAAAUUCAAUAAUUUUACGAAGAAUCUGACUCAAAUGUUUGCGAAAAACGAUAAAAAUUCGAAUAUGCAGAGAAACGGCAACGAAAACAAUUGUGUUCUUACCAAAGUGAAUAACAUAUCGGUGGCUAGUCCUAAAAUUCAACCAUCUUCGGCAUGUUAUGAUCGAUAUCCUAAGCCAGGUUCUUACGGCAGCUUACAAGUGUUUCCAAUGAAUGGCGUAAAUUCUGAAAUGAACAGUACAAAUAGAGAUGACUCCGAACUGCAAAGACACCGAGCCCAAAUCGAACGCUUAAAAGAACAAGAAAUAUCAAUGGCCGAACAAGAACGCUUAGAAGAAAUUUUGAAAAUGUGCGCCGAUUUCGAGAAGCAAAACCAAAACAUUCAGUCAUCGCCCAUCGUUCAAAAUCGCAUCAAAACAAAUGGUUCCCUGCCUCGCGACAAAAAAUCUCCGUUUGCCGAUCACGAGGGAUCUCCGAAAGCUUUGUUUUUCCCAACCACACCGAACGGAGCUACUAAAUCGUCAGGAUAUGAAAACGUCAAAUUUGGUCCCAAUGGUCGAGUGGAGUUGACAAAAUCACCAUCCGGUCGCUAUGACAACAUAAAUGCAUCUGGACAAUCUCCUCCAACGAAUGGAUACGAAAAUGUAAGCUUAAACAAGAAAUACGUUCCACAAAGUCCACGCACAAAGAUUCGCACAUGCGUUUCGCCGAAAAAAGAACCUAACAAGAAGACUGAGUAUGAUAUGCUCGUACAAUCGUUCGAAGAAAAGUUGAGAAUGGAAAUUCAAUCAUUGCGAGAGAACAAAAACUUCGAUAAGCCAGUGAACCAGGGCCAAGAGCCGUUGUAUGGAACACUCGAAAAGCGCAACAAAAAUGUUAACAAUCUAACGCUGAACAUUCAACGUGAAAUCGAUGGGAAGAAGCUAGGCGAGCUAACACAGAAGAGAACCAAAGUUUUGAAUGGCGUCCGGGAUCUGAAAACACAAAUUUCUGAUCUGCAGAGACAGGAAGAAGAAGUGUUGAGAGAGCUCGAUAUGGAGAAGGCGUUAGUAUCAGCAGAGCUUUCAACGGAGAGAGACAUUUUAAAGGAAAUGGAAAAGAAUCUUUCUAGUCUGCAGAGCACAAUCCAUCGCCUGGAAGCUCAACGCAAUUCUAACCGCGUGAUGCAGGAGACACAGCAAACAAAAUUGAAGCAGAUGAUUGACGUCGCACAAAAUCAAGUGAAUGGCCUUGAAUCCUUACUCGAACAAAAUGAGGAAGAUCAGAAACUCCAGGAAGACCUAGAAAAUGUGAAAGAAUCUCUUGAGAACGACACAAAGACGUUUGAGGAUCUGGAGUUUCAAUAUUUAGAGGAAGAAACGGAAUGGCUUGCCUACCGCGAAGAACUUCAUCAUGAUCUCAAGACGCUGACGAAAUUGAUCAAUGAAAAGCAAAAACACAUUUUGAGCCUCGAAAAUCAGGGCAUUGACAAUCAGGCAACCGCUUGCAUGGACACAAAGAACAUCGAAAAGAAUCUGUGGACAUUACUGAAUGAUUUGGAGAAAAGCCGGGAAGAGCUGAAAGAAAUUGACAAGCAAAUAUUCGAGAUUUCUGGCCAACAAAACACUCAGUCUGAAUCCGAUGAAGACUUUGAUGUUCCUAAACGAAAUGGUAUCGAUAUCAUGUCGCAGUCAAUGUUCGGCUCGGCGGAAAUCCUGUCAGCAAAACCAAAAGAUCAAGACUUGAUGUCGAAGAGCAUGAACGAAGAUCACUUUUUCAAUUCAAUCGAAAUGCCGUCGAUUAAUAUUGUCUCACUCUCCAGUACGCCGAAAAAGAACCAAAUCAGAUCGAUUGAUGCCAGUGAAGAAGUCACAAAAUUAAGUCAAACUGGACACGACCAGUUGAAAAGAGCUGAAGAAGCUGAUACCUAUACCAAAACGAAUGGCGAUUCGGACCCCAUAACAAAACUGAAGUACAAUUUGUCGCCACCAUUCGAUCAUAAAUCCGAAGCAGCGGAGGAUGCGUCACGUAAGACAAAUUUAAAUUUGUCGAUUGAGAGUGAUGACUUUGAAGUGAAUCCAUUGGAAAAGCGUGUGCCAUCGCAGGACGACAUCGAUCGAAUCUGUAAAGUUACAUUGGAUGCUCCGAUUUCGACGCAAGGAGCUAGUUUCAAGGUCAUAGAGAGCAUCAAGGAAAUCGAAAGAAACAGGCAGCUGCUGUUGGCUCAGCAAGGAUCGCAUGUAAUCGAACACGAACGACAGAAGAUGAAUGAACUGAAAAAGAAAAGUCACGAUGAAGCUAGAGCUCAGUACAUGCGCAACGUUAAUUACAGUCCUGAAAGAGAGAGUUAUAUGAAGAAAAACCGCAGCCUGGAACAAUUGGACGACACUUCGAGCUCACUCAAGAAAAUCAUACAUCGGAAUGGAUCAUCAAAGAAGGAAGCUUCCGUCAGUCCGCAACGCCACUCUCAACCAGAUUUCGAUCGCUCGCGUCCAUUAUCGGAAACCAAUUCAGAACUGAGCUACGAUGCUUUAUCGGAAAAACCAUUCAAAUCAUCGAACGACCUGCAUAAAUCUAUUUCUUCGCAUCGUUUACAAGAAAACGGAGAUGGUAUUAAGCGAAACAGUGCCUUAUCACAGAGUGAUUCCAGCGAUUCACCGCGCAUGACCUCUGGACAUAAAAGAAACUUACCAAAGCAUCAAAGACCAUUAACGCGAUAUCUUCCCAUAAUGUCGUCAGAUUUAGAUUUAAGACAACACAUCGAAACAGCUGGUCAUCAGGUGACAUUGUGUCCACAUGUGAUACUAGAUUCGCACAGUUGUAGAGGAUAUUUGCAUAAAUUAGGUGCAACAUUCCACGGUUGGUCACGAAGAUGGUUUGUACUGGACAGACAGAAAAUGGCAUUUAUCUACUAUUCAGAUAAGUCUGAACGAAAGGCACGGGGUGGAGCAUAUUUUGCGACCAUUGAUGAAGUGUAUCUCGAUCAUAUGAAUACAUCGAAGAGUGGGCGCCCGUAUUGUACAUUCAUUGUUAAAACGAAGAAACGAAGCUAUCACCUACAAGCUGCUUCGGAUGCUGCCGCCCGGAUAUGGAUCGAUGCGAUUAUAACAGGGGCCCAGGGCAACAUUGAUUACUAAGUGUUGUUUAAUCCACGAAAAUGAAAUUGUAGCUUAAGAUAUUUGCUAAAUGUUAAGAUAAAAUACGAAUAACAUCAGUCAUUAGUUAGGUAUUACGAUAGUCAGACGUGGGAGAAUGUUUGAAGUCGUUUUCAUGAUUUGUAUUUUGUCGCUAAAAGUGUUUCCAGGCCGAUCAUUUCUUUUUUACUUUUCAAUAAAAUGAAUACACUGAUGACGUGUAGAAAGUGGAAAAAAGUUGGUUGGUCUUUGUCUGAUAGCCCUAUUAGGCUCAUAACAAAUGGAAAAAGCUUUUUCUAACAAUUGUUAACGCGCCUCUAUUUAAUGUACCAGAAUACACUUGAGAGCUGUUGGGUUUAUCAUUGCUUCAUUUCGAUACCAAAAAGCAUUAUAAUCAUUAGCGACCAUAGUCUUAAACUCAUAAAACGAUUUUGUGAAUAAUUUAUAAAUUGUACUGUUACUGAUAACUGGUCAAACGAAAGGGAA